AUGGCUUAUACAUCUGUGCCCUCGGACAACCCACCAGACUAUAUCCAGUCCGCCCGAGAACAUGGCAUUCGGCUGAGGCAGAGCGCCCCUGUCAAAAAGGGGCCCCUCCCCUUCGAGCUGCCCAUUAUCAGCCAUCUCAAGGGCAAGAGAGUCAUCCUCGCCUCGGCCUCACCAAGGAGGAAAGCACUCUUGGCACAGGUUGGCCUCAAGGACCUCGAGAUCCUCCCCUCCACGAAGCCCGAAGACCUCUCCAAGAAAGACUACAGCCCUUACGAGUACGUCUCAGCAACAGCCCGCCAAAAAUGCCUGGACGUCUACGAGUCCGCCCUCCAGACCCAGGCCGAGCUGGCCAACUCCAAGGCCGAGACACCGGCCGACCCUGAGCUCGUCAUCGCCGCGGACACGAUCAUCGUGACCAAGGACGGGCGCAUCCUCGAGAAGCCGCGCAGCGAGGCCGACCACGUCAGGAUGCUCAAGCACCUGCGCGACACGCGCGUGCACAAGGUCCUGACCGCCGUCGUGUGCGUGGCCCCAAAGGCGGACGCCUCGCACCCGGGCUACGAGAUCGCCGCCCACACCGAGGAGACCAAGGUCUUCUUUGCCACCGAGGUCGACGGCCUGCCGGACGACGUCAUCGAAUCGUAUGUGCGGACACGUGAGGGCGCCGACAAGGCCGGCGGGUAUGCGGUGCAGGGGAUCGGGGGCCUGGUGCUGAUCGAGAAGCUCGAGGGGAGCGUGGACAAUGUGGUGGGGCUGCCGGUGCGCAAGACGUUGGCGCUGAUGGAGAAGGCGGUAUUCCAGCAAGGGGAGGAGGAGGUGCAGUGGAGCGAUGAGGAGGAGGAGAGGGGCGAGUGA